AUGGCCGCUGCGCGCAGGGCCGAGACCGACCGCCGCCUUCAGAGCCUGGAGGAGCGCCAGGCGAUCACGGAGGAUCGUCUGGCGCGGGUGGCCGGCCAGGCCCGGCUGGCGCACGGAGAGGCGGCGCAGUACCGCGAGUUGCGGGAGGCGGUGCCGGACGCGAUCGGGAAGGACCUGGCCACGCACCUGUCGGUGCCCUGGCCCUUGCCUGCCCUGGACGCCGCGGUGCCCGCCGGUGGGUUCUCGGCGGAGACGUCGUGGGUGCGGUCUGUGUUGGAGGAGCUCAGGCAGCAGGGCACGGUCAAGGCGGUGUACUCGCAGAGCAGGUGGGAUGACGCUGCCCAGAACAGGGUCAGGAUCCCAGGUGUCUUCCGUGUGAAGCUCCGCUUCGGGGCGUCCUCCCUGGGCGUGCAGCAGGCCGUGGCGGCCCUGGACCACCCCCUGCGCAGGGCGUCCGGCCUGCCAGUCGUCGGCGUGGCCCCGAUGGCG